UUCUCUGAGAGCAGGCGGCGAAGGGAGCUCUCAUCUACCUUUUAACUUUGAAAAUGGCUUUUAUGACUUUGUGUUUGGGGUAUGUCACGUUGUCGGGAUGCGAUUUCGUGUGAGCGGGAAGACAAAAGAGGAGGGAGGAGGGGAGACGGGCUAGACAGGCCUGCGGGGCGAAGUUCAGGAAGGGCCUCCGUCGCCGGUUCCCGUAGGAAUGCCUUGCCAGCACAGGCAUCUAGGCCACGGCUCCGGCCCCGGGAGCUGCACGGAUGCUGUGGCUUCUUACUACUUCACACGGACCCACCCAGGGUAAAUAGCUGUGUGAAAAGUGGUGAGCAUGUCCUGGAGGAGUUGGAAACAGAAGGGGAGAGGCAGCUGAAAAGCCUCCUUCAGCAUCAACUUGAUACCUCUGUCUCCAUUGAGGAAUGUGUGUCUAAGAAAGAGAGCUUUGCUCCUGGUACUAUGUACAAGCCCUUUGGGAAGGAAGCAGCUGGGACUAUGACUUUGUCCCAGUUCCAGACACUGCAUGAGAAGGACCAGGAAAUUGCUUCUCUUAGGGAACUGGGGCUCAAUGAAACAGAAAUCUUGAUCUGGAAGAGCCAUGUUUCAGGUGAAAAGAGGACAAGACUGAGGGCAACCCCGGAAGCAAUCCAGAACCGUCUUCAGGAUAUUGAAGAAAGGAUCUCGGAGCGUCAGCGCAUCCUCUGCCUACCACAGAGAUUUGCCAAGAGCAAACAGCUGACCCGGCGAGAAAUGGAAAUCGAAAAGUCUUUAUUUCAGGGAGCCGAUCGGCACUCCUUCCUCAAGGCUCUUUAUUACCAAGCAUACCACAAAAAGACAAGUGCAGACAAGUACAUGACCUCAAUGAAGAGGAAGAUAAAAUUAGGCACAAAAGGUUGUGUUGGUAGGCUUUGUAGAACUUCCCUAUCUCUUUGUCUUGAUCUAGAUGAACCCCAAAAGAAGAACAAAGGUGAUCCCAUGAACAACCUGGAAAGUUUUUACCAAGAGAUGAUAAUGAAAAAACGUCUUGAAGAGUUCCAACUUAUGAGAGGUGAACCCUUUGCUUCCCACUCACUGGUCUCAGCUACAUCAGUGGGCGAUAGUGGCACAGCUGAGAACCCGUCAUUACUCCAGGACAAGGGAAAACAGGCAGCACAGGGUAAAGGUCCCAGUCUCCAUGUGGCAAAAGUUAUUGAUAAUUCACCUGAGCAGUGUUGGACUGGGCCUAAGAAGCUGACGCAGCCAAUAGAAUUUGUCCCAGAAGAUGAGAUCCAGAGAAAUCGUUUGUCAGAGGAAGAGAUCCGAAAAAUUCCUAUGUUUUCUUCAUAUAAUCCAGGGGAGCCAAACAAGGUGUUAUACUUGAAGAACCUUAGCCCUCGGGUGACCGAAAGAGAUCUUGUCUCACUGUUCGCUCGGUUCCAGGAGAAAAAAGGACCACCAAUUCAAUUCCGAAUGAUGACUGGACGAAUGAGGGGGCAGGCUUUUAUCACCUUUCCCAGUAAGGAGAUAGCAAGGCAAGCAUUAUAUCUAGUAAAUGGAUAUAAACUACGUGGGAAAAUAUUGGUGAUAGAAUUUGGAAAGAACAAAAAGCAACGGUCAAAUCUCCAGGCUGCUUCUCUCAUAUCAUCUGCUACAGAUAACAUGACAGAAAUCAGUGGUAGCUAAAAGAUAUAUAGAUGGUGAGUCCCAGGAGGUCUUCCUUGCAUCAGAAUCUUGGAUCUAGAAUUUGUGUAUAGAUAGAGUUUGGAUUUGAAGAAGAGAAACUGAGGGAGAGAAAAAUUAAGAUAAUCCCUCUCAGUUUCAGGAUGAAUUGGUAGAAAACACUUUUUAUAAUCAAAGACUAUAUAGGACAGACAUGCCAAGUAUGAAGUAUACGAUACAAAAAGUAUCAUUUUCUCAGGAUAAAUUACAAAUGAUUAUUUCUAAGGAUUUUUUUUAAAUCUUUAUGAUUUAUCUGGGGUCUUCAGUAUUUGUCCAUAAAUAUAACAUUCUUUCCAAGAUCUCCUCCUAUAUGCAGAACCAAAAAACUAAUUAAAUGUUGAAGUACUUAUUUACUAGGGCUCCCUAUUAUCCCUAAUUAUAACCACCUAGUAAAUAAAGGACUAAGACCCCAGGCCUAAACAUCAACAAAUGCUGUUGAGUGGGAACUAUCAGCAGUGACAAUAUGUAUUUUCAUAAAUCAGUCCACAUAUUUAAUGAAUGCUUCCCCAUAAAGUUAUCAGUGUCUUCAAAAAGCUAUAUAUUUUUCUAAUGAAAUCAUUUAGAUCAAAAUAUUGAUGUUCUCAUAGUCAUUUAAGCUAGCUACCAUUGAGUAAUCAUUGAAUUCAAAGCAAUAAACAUUGAAUGACUAUUUAAUAUAUGUUACAUAUUAGGUAUAUGAAUUUACCAUUAGGUAUAUGAAUUUACCCUAAAGGAGGAUGGGAAGAAAGCAGUCUCUAGAAGAGAGCCACCCAUUCCCAAAUCCCUCAGUUGUGUGCUUGUAGUUGCUGGCGAAUAGCAAGAAAAUAUGAUAUAGAGGAUGUAGUACAAACUUUGGAAUCAGACCUGUGUUUGAACUUCACAGCCACACUUAUCACUUCAUGACCUUGGCAAGUCACUUUAUCUGAGCCUCAGUUUUCUCAUCUAUUAAAUGAGGAUAAUAAUAUUACUUACCUCACCGGGUUAUAAGUAUUAAGUGAGAUGAUAUUAUUUUGGCUGAAGAACAGGAAGAAAAAAAAAAUGAAGGUUGAACAGAGAGUAGGACCAUUAAUCACUCCAACAUACUUGUAAUGAAAGGACCAGAAAAAGAGAAGAGAAAGAAGCAGAGAAAAUAUUCCAAUAAAUAAUGGAUAUAAAUGUCCCAAAUUUGAUGAGAAGCAUUACCUACACAUCCAAGAAUUUCAACACACCCCACGUAGGAUAAAGAAGAAGUCCACAGACACAUCAUAAUAAAAAUGCUAACAGUCAAAGACGAAGAGAAACUCUUGAAAGUAACAGGAGAAAAAUGAAUCAUUACUUACAAGAGAACACCAAUCAGAUUAACAGCUGACUUCCCAUCAGAAACAAUGGAGGUGGCAGUGGAAUAACUUAUUCAAAGUGCUCAGAGAAACCAACUGUCAUAGAACCCUGUAUCCAAUAGAGCUGUGUUUUAAAGAAUGAAGAUAAAAUGUAAGUCUUCCCACAUAUCAUAAGCUGUUGUUGCUGGCAGACCUGACUUCACAGGAAAUACUAAAGGAAGAUCUUCAGGUGGAAAGCAUUGACCUCAGAUAAUAAUUUAAAUCUACCCAUAUAGAAAAGUAGCAUGGCUAAAGGUAAUUACAUGAGAUAGUCUAAAUGCAUUUUUCUUCUCUUACUUGAUUGAAAAAGUAAUUUUGUAAAACAAUAUGUACAUAGUUGCAGUGUUGGGUUUAUAACAUAUAAAACUGCAAUAUAUUUGCCAAUAACAGGCCAUAGGAGGUGGGUGAGGCAAAGCUGUAUUGGACUAUAGAAAUGGCUCCAGAUGGUAACUCAGAUUUACAGGAGCAAGUGAAGAGAAAAAGAAAUGGGAAUUAAGAAAGUAAAUAUAAAAAAGCAUCAAAUAUUUAUUUGCUCUUCUUUCUUCUCUGAGCUUCUUUAAAAGACAUAAAAUUGUAUCAGUAAUAAUUAUAACAGUAUAUUGGGUUAAUAAUGUGUAGAAAUAAUAUGUAUAAUAAUAAUAGUACAAAAAAGUGGGGGAAAGAAAUAGGUUCAUAUAGGAAUAAGGUGUUUAUAUCAUUGGAGUUAAGUUUCUGUAUAUCUGAAGUCAAUUCAGUUAAGAUUUGUAUGGUAAACCCUAGAGCAACCACUACGAAACUACCUGAAAAUAUGUAGUAAAAAUAUUAUUAAAGAAGUUUCAACCUUUCAUUAGAAAAUAUUCAAUGCAAAAGGAUGAAUAGAGGAACAAAGACAAAAAAAAAAAAAAAAACCCAGAGACACAUAGGAAACAAAUAGUAAAAUGGCAGUCUUAAGUCCACCUAUAUUAAUAGUAACAAUAAAUAUGAAUGGAUUAAACAAUCCAGUCAAAGAGAAUGUUAGACUGGAAAAACAAGCAAGAUUUACCUCUAGGCUAUUUGUUGAAGUCACACUUCAUAUUCAGAGAUACAAACGAGGCACCUGGGUGGCUCAGCUGUUAAGUGUCUGCCUUUGGCUCAGGUCAUGAUCCUAGGGUUUUGGCAUUGAGCCCCACAUCAGGCUCCCUGCUCAGCAGGAAGCCUGCUUCUCCCUCUCCCACUCCCCCUACCGGUGUUCCCCCUCUUGCUAUCUCUUUCUCUGUCAAAUAAAUAAAUAAAUAAAAUCUUUUAAAAAAAGAUAAAAACAGAUUGAAGGUAAAAGGAUAGAAAGAAGUAUCAGAUGGCAACUGUAAGCAAGCUGGAGCAGCUGUACUAAUAUGUAAUAGACUUUAAAACAAAAAAUGUCAUUAGACGUAAAGAGUGACAUCUUACAAUGAUAAGAGAGACAGCCCAUCAGAAAGAGCAAAAUUACAUAUGCAGUAGCAACAGAGUGCCAAAAUACACGAGUCAAAAACUGAUAUAAAUGAAGGGAGAAAUCCACAAGUCUACAAUAAGAGUUGGGGUAUUCAGUAUCCCAUUUUCAAUAAUAGAACAAUUAGAUAAUAAGGAAAUAGAAGACCUGAACAGUACCAUAAUGAGCUAGACCUUAAAGUGAUCUAUAAAACACUAUACCUAACAUGAACAGAGUGCACAUUCUUCUCAAGGGCAUAUGAAAUACCUCUAGAAUAGAUCAUAUCAUAGACCAUAAAACAAACCUCAGUAAAUUUAAUUUAAUGCAGAGUAUGUUUCUGACUCCAUGGAAUGGAAUUAGAAAUCAAUAACAGAAAGUUGAGGAACUCAGAAACAUGAAUUGGACAUACUUUCAAAUGACCAAUGGGUCAAAUAAAAAAAUCACAAGGAAAAUUGGGAAAUCCCUUGAGAUGAAUGAAAAUGAAGACAUGACAUACCAAACAUGGGAUGCAACUAAAGUAAUGCUUGGGGGAAAAUUUAUAAAUACUAAUACUAAUGCCUAUAUUUAAUAAGAAGAAUAAUCACAUAUCGAUAAUCUCAUUUUAUGCCUAAGACACUGGGAAAAGAGCAGACUAAAUUUAGAGUAAGCAGAAGGAAGAAAAUUUAAAAAAAGAUCAGAUAAAUAAAUGACAGAGAAUAUAAAAACAGUAGAGAAUGUCAAUGGAUCUAAUAGUUGGUUCUAUAAAAGAAGAUUAACAAAAGUGACAAACAUUUUGUUAGAUUAACCAGGGAGAAAAGAAGACUGAAAUUACUGGAAUCAGAAGUGAAGGAGGGAACGUUACUACCAACCUUCUAGAAAUAAAAAAUAUUAUGAAGGGACCCUAUGAACAAGUAUAUAAUAAUAAAUAACUUAGAUGAAAUGGAAAAUUUCCUCAAAACACAAAACUACUGGAACCAAUAGAAAAUAAAACCUGAAAAUAUGUAUAGCAAAGAGAUUUAUUAAUAACUCUUAAAAAUACCCACAAGAAAAAACCUAGGCUCAAAUGGCUUCUCAGAUAAAUUCUAGCAAACAUUAAAAAAGAAUUAAUACAAAUUCUUUGCAUUCUCUUUCAAAAAAGUGUUCAUAUUCUAAUUUAUGCUACAAACAUGAAGAACCCUGAAAGCAUGCUAAAUGAAAGAAGCCAGUCACAAAAGACUAUAUGUGAUUCCAUUUAUAUGAAGUGACUAGAAUUGGUAAAUAUGUAAAGACAGAGAGUGGAUUAGUGGUUGCUCAGGGCUGGUGGUGAUAGCUGAAUUGUAUGAGGUUUCUUUAGAGGUUGAUUAAAAUGUUCUGAAAUUGAUUGUGGUGAAAAUUGUACAACUCUAUGAAUAUAUUAUAAAUAAUGAAUUGUAUACAUUAAAUAGGUGAUUUUUUAAUGAAUUAUAUCUCAAAGUCACGAAAAAAAGGAAUUGGAUAAAACCCAACUGUCCAUCAAUAGGAAAAUGAAUAAAUAAAUCAUGACACAUUCAUUUAGUGGAAUACUAUGCAUCCAUUAAAAUAAUGGGAUAUAUCUGUGAAUACAUUCUGAUCUGAAUGAUAUGCAGAAUUUUGUAUUAAUUUAAAAAGCAAGAAAUGGUAUAAUGUGAAUGAAUUUUGUAAACAAAAGCAUUUGUAUAUGUACGAUACAUGUGUAUAUAGGUAUUUCUGAAUAAAUGUAGGAAAAGCGGGGAAAUAUACAUACCAAAUUGUAAACCUUUUAGAAGUGAGAUUAGAUAGACUGAAAGGGGACUUUUUGCUUUAUAAAAUUUUUAAAGUGGUAUGAUUUGGGGCAAUUUUUACUUUUUUUCAGGUUUUUUUUAAUUAAAAUUUUUUUUUUUACUACUCUACAAAUCACUUGGCUUCCAGAAUACUUGUCAAGCCUGCUCUGAGGAUAUCAUCUAACUAUACUCAGGACAAACUCCUAUUCCUUUGAUACAGUGCUCACUUAGGAUUAACUCUUCAAUUUUAAAUACAGUGUAAAAGGAAGAAGUUAAGUUAUCCUGAUACAACCUCUUGCACAUGUUACCCAGGGACAUACUUCUAAGCUGGACUUUUCAGAACAAACUUAGUUCUGUUGAGUGGAAUAUCUCGUCUCCACCCUUUGCUAGACCUGCAGAUCACUAACAAUAGAGGAAAAUAACAAUGGAGGAUGUCCCUCAACUGGUGCAUAAACAAACUGUGGUAUAUCCAUAAAACAGCAUCCUACUCAGCAAUAAAAACUAUGAUGAACUGUGAUACAUACAACAACUUGGAUGAAUCUCAAAUACAUUUUGCUAAGUAAAAGAAGCCAAACUCAAAAGGCUACUUGCAGUUUGAUUCCAUUUAUGUGAUAUUCUGGAAAAGGCAAAACUAUAGGAACAGAGAACAAAUCAGUGGAUGUCAGGGGUUAAAAAUGGCAGACUGAUUACAAAAUGGUAGCACAGGGAAUUUGCUUUAAUAAUGGAAAGUUUCUGUAUCUUGAUUAUAGUUACUUAAGUGUAUGCAUUUGUCAAAACUAGAAUUAUAUGCCAGAAAGGAUGAAUUUUACUAUAUGUGAAUUUUUAAAUAAAUGUAAUUUUUAAUUGAGAGAAGUCAUAAA